GGAGAAGGAGAGGAGGCAGCCGGCGAGCGUACCGCCCGUUGCUAAGCCUUGAAGGAAGCUCGGUGUUCGGGCUGCGCUCAGUCAAAGUCUUUGCGGCCUACUAUCUCGGUGAAGAAGAUGGACCGUGUCCUGUGCCCAGGGGAACAUGGUGAAGAGAAUGGUUCGGUAAUGGAACACAAAACAAUUCCUUGGCACAUCUUCCCGGUACUUUCAGAUCAGCAGUCUCAGGGAGUUGAACUGGUCUUGGCAUAUGCAGUACCUAUCCUAGACAAGAAAAAGACUUCUCGCUUGGUGAAGGAAAUAUCAGCUGUGUACCCACUAGAGGGCCAGCAGCAUCUCAAAAGAGUCCGAGCAUGCACAGACAAGGCCAGUCCUCACCCAUUGGAAAUGUUGAUUUGUUUAGCAAAGCCCGGGAAAGAGAAGGCAGAAGGCUUGCAUACGCUUUCAGAGCUCCUGCCCGAUAAACAAGUAGAUUGCUGUGGCCUAGGGGAACCAUUCCUUGUUCGUGUACCUGCCCAUCCCCCUUUGACCAGGAUGCAGUUCGAAGAAGCCAAGUUCCAUUGGCCUACAGCCUUUCAUGAAGAUAAAUAUGUCACCAGUGCCCUCACGGGGCACCUUUUCUCAAAGGAAGAAAAGGUGAAGAUGCAGACUUACAUGAAACAAGCCAUCUGGGCAGCCCAGCAAGGAGCAGCAAAGGGGUUGAAGGCUAUUGGGGCCGUAGUCGUUGAUCCGGCGACAGAAACCGUUCUUGCUGUAGGCCAUGAUUGUAGAAGGGCCUCAAAUCCAUUGCUGCAUGCCACAAUGGUUUGUAUAGACCUUGUUGCCCAAGGGCAGGGGAGAGGCACGUAUAAUUUUAAAUCUUAUCCUGCUUGUACCGCUUUACCAUUGGGAAACAGAGACCCAUCAGCCUCAAAAGCUAUCCGAGCUGGGACGGUACGAAAAUUUGAGUCCAGAGAUGAUGGGUUGCCCUAUAUCUGUACUGGCUAUGAGCUUUAUAUCACAAGUGAGCCAUGUGUAAUGUGUGCCAUGGCUCUGGUACAUUCCCGGAUUCAAAGGGUCUUCUAUGGGACAGCAUCACCUGAUGGGGCCCUGGGCACCAAAUAUAAGAUUCAUACCAGACAGGACCUCAAUCAUCGUUUUGAGGUGUUCAGAGGCAUCUUGGAAGACCAGUGUUGUUCCUUAACUGAGGAUAGCUAGGCAGACAGCCAGUCUUUCAAAUAGCCUUCAUUUUUUUCUUUCCCACUUCCUUCUCUUUUCAUCAUGAUGCAGCCCAUAUCCUAUCCCCAUCUCUCCCAGGUAGCCAAGAGACUUUCCAUUUCUCUUCACUAGUACUGGCUACCCUUAGGUGGUCCCACACAGGCAAUUCUCUCGCUCCCUCUUUUUUAUGAUCUAGCUAUUUGUCACUCAAGACAAAAAUUCAGUGAUCUUCUUGGUUACAUUUAUGAAUUUGUUAGACUACUUACUGGCUAAUUACACCUGGAAAGUGAUUUGUUGCAUGCCCUUCUUGUGAUCAUGCAAAGUCCAUGGCUGCCUGAAUGACUGGCUGCAUAGCAUUUCAAACUGGGGGCCCUUGUUGGUAUGUGACUGGGAUGUAGGGUCUCUAGCAGCAUGAUGAAGUGGGAGAACCAUUACUUUGUUUUUAAAUCUCAAAAAUCCUGGAUGUGACUUUUUAUGAUAACUAUGUCUUUUUUUAAUUAAAUUAUGGAAAACAAGCCUUGAAAUACCAAAAUAAAAAUAAGAGAAAUAAAUUUGGAUCAUUGCCAGAACUUACUAGCUGUGUGAACAUGGGCAAGGCAAAUAAUUUAGUUUUAGUUUUCUCAUCUGUAAAAUGGGGAUAACAGUACUUGCACUACCCACCUCACAGGGUUGUUGUGGGGAACACACUUUGUAGACUUUCAAGGGCCACACAGGUGUGGGCUAUUACCAUCAUUUGCAUUGAGGGCUGGGUAACACACAAUCGUACUUGUAUUAAUUGCACUUCCUAAGUGUCUGAUGAGCUGAGAAUCCAGUACUUAUUCUGGCUCCACAGAGCAGUGAGUUUGACUGAGCAGCAUUUCAAAUUGAGGACCCUUUGUGGAACAUGGCUCGGAAAGAGCUUUAGCAGCAGCAUGGUGACGGGGGAGAACCAUGACUUUGUCUCUUAAAUCUCUAAUUGCUGGUUGUGACUCCCACAAUGGAGGAGGUGACUGCUCUAACGGAACACUGGGUCCUGGAUUUGGAGUGAAGGGACCUGGUGCCAAACACAUAGAAAUGUGACCAUGGUCAAGGUGCUUUGUCUCUUGGGGCCUCAGCAUCCUCAUGUAUGCAGAUGAAAGGGUCGGACUACUUGUAAGAUGGCUUUAGCUUUAAAUCAUGCUGGGUGCCAGUAUUGUAAACACUGGCAGAGUCAGGGACUAGAUUGCACGUGUGUAGAAAGGAGAUUGCUGCAAAACCCAGAAACUUAACAGAUAAA